ACGAUGAACAAGAGCAAAGUGACGGAAUUUAUUCUCAUGGGUCUUACAGACAAAACUGAACUCUACAUCCCUCUGUUCAUCGUAUUUCUUCACGUAUACAUAACCACGGUAUUGGGAAAUGUUGGCAUUAUAACUGUGAGCAGUUUGGACACACGUCUUCACAAGCCCAUGUACCUGUUUUUGAGCAACCUAUCAUUUGUGGACCUUAUCUACUCUACAUCUGUCACCCCUAAAAUGCUGAGAGACUUUUUUUCUGGAAACAAAGCCAUCUCUUUCAUCGGUUGUGCUCUGCAGAUGUAUGUUUUUGUCUCCUUUGCCACAGUUGAAUGUCUUCUUCUGGGAGUGAUGGCCUACGACCGUUAUGUGGCCAUCUGUAACCCACUGCUGUACAGUGUUGUCAUGAGCACCAUCAUCUGUCUCCAGCUUGUGACUGCGGCAUACCUUGGAGGCUUACUGACGGCUUUGGUACACACAAGUUUCGUGUUCCACCUCGAUUUCUGCCGAUCCAACGUCAUCAAUCAUUUCUUCUGUGACAUCCCACCACUUUUCAAGUUGUCCUGCUCCGAUAUCUCUGUGAAUAUCGCUGUUAUUUUUAUUUUGGGAGGUUUAGUCACGCUGACCUGCCUUGUAAUUAUUCUUGUAUCAUACACCUACAUAGUGCUGACCAUUCUGAGAAUCCGUUCAGCUCAGGGCAGAUAUAAAGCCUUUAGCACGUGUGCCUCUCACAUGACAGCGGUCACCAUCUUCUACGGAACAGUUAUUUUCAUGUAUUUCCGUCCAUCUACUAGUUACGCCCUACAUCAGGAUCGAGUGGCUUCUGUCUUCUACAGUAUACUUAUACCUAUGCUAAAUCCUAUGAUUUACAGUCUAAGGAAUACAGAGGUUAAGGGAGCGUUAAAGAGUUUGUUGAAACACCUUAAAUGCUAA